AUGGCUGGCCUACAACUGUUGUUAGUUUUUGUGUUUAGUGUAUCAUUUUCAGAGGGUUUUGCUAGCAACAGUAAUAACUUAGGAAUCUACGGAGGAAGAAAGAUCUCGAUUAAAGAAGUUCCCUUCAUGGCUGCCUUAUACAUACCCAGAAAUAACAAUAAAACAUAUUUUUGCGGAGGCUCUGUCAUCAAUGCUAGGUUCAUCCUGACUGCUGCACAUUGCUUGCGUAAAUUUAAUAGUUGUUUUUUUUUAUUUUUCAGUAACAGUGUUGUCCCCUUAUCCGUGUGGGGAUAUGUCGGCACCGACAGCUUAAAGAACGCAAACAAAGUAUUCAUAAAACCAGAAAAGAAACUUUGUCAUGAGGAAUACGACCCCAUUGAUGACAUUAAUGACAUAUGCUUAUUGAAGUUGAAGGAUCCUUUACGGUUUGGAAGCAAAGUAAAUAGAGUCACGUUACCUAAUGACAGAUAUGAAUUAGAAGAAGGUACUUUGGUCAACUUAACUGGAUGGGGGUACACCGAGCAUAGUCACGAACUUCAAGACGCUUUGCAACUGGUAACAGUUCCGAUAUCCACAGAAGAAUGCCGUGGACAACGUAAGACCAUCAUUUGCACGGGGUUUCAUGGCCAUACAUCUUGCCAUGGUGAUAGCGGAGGACCCCUAACCUACGGCCGUGUCCUUAUCGGGGUGAUAUCUGGCGGUAUCAAACGUAGAACCCCAUGCGGCAUCAUCGGGACGAGACACACCAGGGUGGCCAAGUACUUGAAAUGGAUUAAAGAUACCGUCCUAAAGAAUCUUCAUUAGAAUGAAUGAGAAAGAAGAAGA